AUGGGGGGCUCCCUGCUGCCUUUGGAACGGGGGGAUCCCCCUGUGGGACCCCCAGUGUUCCUGGGGGAGUGCCGGGUGCCCCUCCGGGAUGUCCUGGGCACCCCCAGCCUGGCGGCCUCGUUCAACCUCCCGCUGCUGGACACGCGCAGGGAGGGCACCGGGGCGUUCCUGCUGCUCCAGGUGUCCUACCUGCCCCCCCCGGGGGCCAUCCCGCUGUUCCCGCCCGCGGCCCCUCCGGAGCCGGCCCCGGCUGCGGCCGAGCUGGACACGGGCACUGAGGCGGCCGAGGAGGAGGAGCCGGAGGAUCCCGGGGUGACGGGGGACGAGGCGGAGCCGUCGUCGUCCUCGGGCCCCCCCGGCUCGGAGCCCCCCCCGCCCCACAGACCCCAAACCCAGCCCAGCCUGCGGGGCAGGAGGGGCAGGAGCAGUCCCAAAAAACCCCUGGCCAACAAACCCCAGGACUUCCAGAUCCGGGUGCGGGUGAUCGAGGCCCGGCAGCUCCCCGGGAUCAACAUCCGGCCCGUGGUGAAGGUGACGGCGGCCGGACACACCAAGAGGACCCGGAUCCGCAAGGGGAACAGCCCCUUCUUCGACGAGACCUUCUUCUUCAACGUCUUCGAGUCGCCCUCGGAGCUGUUUGACACGCCCGUCUUCAUCACCGUGGUGGAUUCCCGAUCUUUCCGCCCGGACUCGGUGAUCGGGGAGUUCCGGAUGGACGUGGAGACCGUUUACUCCGAGCCAAAACACGCUUUCCUCAGGAAGUGGCUCCUGCUCUCCGAUCCAGAGGAUCUUUCCGCGGGGGCCAAGGGCUACCUGAAGGUCAGCGUCCUCGUGCUGGGGCCUGGGGACGAAGCUCCUCUGGAGAAGAAGGAGGUGUCCGAGGACAAGGAGGACAUCGAGGCCAACCUGCUGCGCCCCACCGGGGUCACCCUGCGGGGGGCCCAGUUCUGCCUCAAGAUCUUCAAAGCCGAGGAUUUGCCCCAGAUGGACGACGCCGUCGUGGACAACGUCCGGCAGAUCUUCGGCUUCGAGAGCAACAAGAAGAACCUGGUGGAUCCCUUCGUGGAAGUCACCUUUGCCGGCAGGACGCUCUACUCCAGGAUCCUGGAGAAAAACGCCAACCCCCAGUGGAACCAGUGCCUGACCCUGCCGGCCAUGUUCCCUUCCAUGUGUGAGCGGAUGCGGAUCCGUGUGACCGACUGGGACCGCCUGACCCACAACGACGUCGUGGGCACCGCCUUCCUGGCCAUGUCCAAGAUCUCGGCCCCCGGCGGGGAGCUGGAGGAUGAGUUUCCUGCUCCCCCGAAGCCCCCGAAGGCCUCAGACC